ACUUAGGAUGCCAAAGAUAGAGUUAGGCGAAAAGAAAUUGGAAAAUAGGCGCAUUUCGCAAAUCAAAGAAAAAAUGACACAAUUUGACCUCCAACCCAAUACCUUGUAACGGAUGACCCGACAGGUAUGUACGACCCGUUUUUCUCACCGAAUCAAGAUUAAAAUGGGUCAACCCGCGGGUUGAAAUUUGAAAAUCUUGCUUGCACUCCAUCUGAUAAAUUUGGCUAAGCUUUCUCAUCACCAUAGUACAAGCCACUGCUGCAGCAAGACGAGAAUCAGUAGUGGAAAAGACCAAACCAUCCUCAUCCCUAUCACCGCUCUUGUCUCUCUCUGUUCUGAUGGAACAGGAAUGGAACCCCAUCAGACGCCAUUACUAGCCAAAAUGCUACCCUACAAAAGGAGCUCCUUCCUGAAAAGUCCCCUCAUCCAACGGCCUACAGCCACAAACCCAAAUCAAAAUCUCUAAUUUUUUUUGUUAAUUUUCAAAAUUUUCAUCCUCUUAAUUUUAUAAUGUACUUGCUCCCCUGUUCAGACCUCUGCUCCACUCUUUUUUGGGUUGCGGUUCUCGAUAUGGUGGUACACUCGUUUCCCAGUCCAGAAAAUUAAACUAAUAAUUAACCAUUUGUCCAUUUACAGAGAGAGCAGCAGAGCACUCCUCCAUUAAUAUUCCAAGUAGCUUUCCUUUCCACAUUCUUUACAACCCCAACAACAAAACAAGCUAAAAAACAGAGCAUAAGAAAAAAACAGAGCGAUAGAGUAACUGCAAGUUGGGAAACAGAAGACAAUGGCUUCUGCUGUUUCUUCAGCAAUUUCCCUCCUCUUUUUCUUCUUGUUCUCCAUUCCUGUUUUCGUUUUGGUAGUGGUUCAUGGAGCCACCAUCUCCGAGGAGCUAAGUUCGCUGCUGGAAGUGAAAUCAGCUUUGGACCCUGAAGAAAAGUACCUUUCUUCGUGGACCACCAAUGGCGACCCGUGCGGCGGCUCUUUCGAAGGAGUUGGGUGCAAUGAGAAAGGUCAGGUUGCUAACAUUUCGUUACAGGGGAAAGGGCUUCAUGGGAAGAUAUCCCCUGCCAUUUUUGGAUUGAAGAACUUGACUGGUCUCUACUUGCAUUACAACUCCCUGUACGGUGAAAUCCCUCCAGAGAUUGGGAACUUGACCGAGCUCGUUGACUUGUACUUGAAUGUCAACAAUCUCUCCGGUGAAAUCCCUCCUCAGAUUGGCAACUUGGCUAAACUCCAAGUGUUGCAGCUGUGUUACAACCAAUUUAAUGGAAGCGUACCCAUCCAGCUAGGUUCAUUGAACAAGCUAACCGUUCUCGCCCUCCAGUCAAAUCGAUUUAAUGGCGCCAUUCCAGCAAGCCUAGGCAAUCUAGGGAUGCUAACCCGCCUAGAUUUGAGCUUCAACCAUUUCUUCGGCUCAAUCCCAACGAAGCUCGCCGAUGCUCCUGUUCUCCAACUUCUAGACAUCCGUAACAACACUUUCUCCGGCAAUGUCCCUCUCGCUCUCAAGAGACUCAACGAGGGUUUCGUAUUUGCAAACAACCCGGGACUAUGCGGGUCGGGUUUCAUGUUCUUGAGACCUUGCAAUGCCUCAGAAGGAACCAAUUCAAACAGACCAGAAGCUUAUGGACCAGGAGAUGGGAUUCCGAGUACAAGGGAAAUCCCACAAACAGCUGAUUUAAGACUCCCUUGCAGCCAAAAUCAGACUCACUGCUCUUCAAAUCCAGCAACUCACCACCAUCAAGCUGCCUCAUUUAUCGUAGGCUCAAUCGUUCUCACCAUAGCAGUGCUAGCCAUUUCAGCACUCUCAUUCAUUCACUACCGCCGCCGCAAGCAGAAGCUCUCCAGCACAUUCGAGCUUUCAAAUCCCUCUACGGACCAGCAAUCAAAGGGAGGGAUUUACAGGAAAAACGGCUCCCCACUAAUCAGCCUGGAGUAUCCCAACGGUUGGGACCCUCUUUCUGAUGGGAAGAACUGUGGGAAUGGCUCCCAAGACGUUCUUGAGAGCUUCAAGUUCAACUUGGAGGAAGUGGAAACUGCAACGCAGUACUUCUCCGAGACGAAUUUGCUUGGGAAGUCGAAGUUUAGUGCGACGUACAGAGGGAUUCUGAGAGAUGGGUCUGGUGUGGCUAUCAAGAGCAUCAGCAAGAGCAGCUGUAGGUCGGAUGAGGCAGAGUUUCUGAGAGGAUUGAAUGCUUUGACAUUGUUGAGGCAUGAGAAUUUGGUGAGGUUUAGAGGCUUCUGCUGCUCGAGAGGGCGUGGGGAGUGCUUCCUGAUCUAUGAUUAUGUUCCUAAUGGCAACUUGUUGAGCUAUCUGGAUGUUGAGGAAUGUGGUAGCCGUGUUCUUGAAUGGUCCACCAGAGUCUCCAUUGUUAAGGGCAUUGCCAAAGGCAUAGCUUACUUGCACGGCUACAAAGCCAACAAACCGUCCAUGAUCCACCAGAACAUCACAGCCGAGAAGGUCCUAAUCGACCAGAGGUUCAACCCGGUGCUAGCCGAUUCAGGCCUGCAGAACCUCCUCACAAAUGACACUGUCUUCUCGGCACUGAAAGCCAGCGCGGCAAUGGGUUACAUGGCUCCAGAGUACUCGACCACUGGCCGGUUCACGGACAAGAGCGACGUGUAUGCCUAUGGGGUGAUCGUGUUCCAGAUCCUAUCAGGAAAGCGCAACGUUGCCAACCUGGUACGGUUGGGAGCUGAGGCAUGUAGGUUCCAGGACUACCUUGACCCUAAUGUCCAUGGACGGUUCUUCGAAUACGAAGCUGCCAAGCUUGCUAGGGUUGCUUGGCUUUGUACCCAUGAGUCUCCUAUAGAGAGACCUUCCAUGGAGGCUGUUGUUCAGGAAUUAGGUAACUUCAGUAGCUGCAUUUAAGCUUAGGUCUAGCUUUGCAGGCUGUUGUUCCAUGAAGGCUACCUUCUUGUAGCCUUGAAGCCUGAAGGAGAUGGUGGCAGGUUUAGAGGAUUUGAAGCAAGGAUAAUCUUACCGUAUCUAUCCAUUGCUUAUUUAGUAUCAUGGGAUGAUAUGUAGUUUCACUCUCAUUCCCCGUUGAUUAGUCUCCAACUGGACUCUUGUUGUAAUGUAGUUUUGCAGUUAUAGAUUAUUUGCUGCCUGUUGGUCUAAUGAUCGCGGAUUUCUGUCUUUUGUGGAAAAAUCAGCGGAAUGAUUCUGAAAUUCCUUUGUAGGUGAUUUUGAUUUCUGAGGGGGAUUCAUGAUAUGAUGAACCAGAGAGAAACCUGUAGAAUUGUGAUAUAAAGAGACAAUUAGUAAGCAAGAUUCAUGUAAGCACAACAGGUCCUCAGACUCUAGAGUGACUAUGGUAACAUAUUGUGGAAAAAAUCCCAUAAUACACUUAUUAUUAAAAAAAAAUUCCAAAAUACAAUACUUAUAACAUU